UCCGGUUCAGCUUCAAUUCUGUCUCUAAUCUCUGCAACAGCGGCUCUUCCUGGGUCCCGCGGCUUUCCUGCUCACUCAGCCGCGGCUGGAGGCCCGGUGAAAAUCAGAGCCGUUUCCGCCCCAUCACCCACGAUGGAAAUCCUCCAAGAAAAAGUGGCCCCGGACGCGUGUGCCUGAGGAUUCCGCACAAAAGAGGUGCCCAAAAUGAAGACCCUGGUGCGCCAUGGUCUGGCAGUGUGUUUAGCGCUCACCACCAUGUGCACCAGCUUGUUGCUCGUGUACAGCAGCCUAGGCGGCCAGAAGGAGCGGCCCCCGCAGAAGCAGCAGGCAGCGGCGACCGGCAGCCCCCCGCCGCACCCCGAGGCCCCCGCGGGACCGCGGCCACUGGACGGAUACCUUGGCGUGGCGGACCACAAGCCCCUGAAAAUGCACUGCAGGGACUGCGCCCUGGUGACGAGCUCGGGGCAUCUCUUGCGUAGCCUGCGAGGCCCCCGGAUUGACCAGACUGAGUGCGUCAUCCGCAUGAAUGAUGCCCCUACGCGCGGCUACGGGCACGACGUGGGCAAUCGCACCAGCCUCAGGGUCAUCGCGCAUUCCAGCCUCCAGCGAAUCCUCCGCAACCGCCACGACCUGCUCAACGUCAGCCAGGGCACCGUGUUCAUCUUCUGGGGCCCCAGCAGCUACAUGCGGCGCGACGGCAAGGGCCAGGUAUACAACAACCUGCAGCUCCUGAGCCAGGUGCUGCCCCGGCUGAAGGCCUUCAUGAUCACGCGCCACAAGAUGCUGCAGUUUGAUGAGCUCUUCAAGCGCGAGACCGGCAAAGACAGGAAGAUCUCCAACACUUGGCUCAGCACUGGCUGGUUCACAAUGACGAUUGCCCUGGAGCUCUGUGACAGGAUCAAUGUUUAUGGCAUGGUGCCCCCAGACUUCUGCAGGGAUCCCGAUCACCCUUCAGUACCUUAUCACUAUUACGAACCUCUUGGACCUGAUGAAUGUACGAUGUACCUCUCCCACGAGCGAGGACGGAAGGGCAGUCAUCACCGCUUUAUCACAGAGAAACGAGUCUUUAAGAACUGGGCACAGACAUUCAAUAUUCACUUUUUUCAACCAGACUGGAAACCAGAAUCACUUGCUAUAAGUCAUCCUGAGAAUAAACCUGUGUUCUGAGGAAUGUGUGUGGCCAGAUGGAUAUCCCAAGAACCCACUGUAUCAGACAUCAGGCCACUGAACUUCUUGAAACACCAGACCUGAAAGAGGAACAGAAUGGGUCGCCGGGGUAGCUUCAGUUCUCAAGAAGUACCAUGUACAGGUGCCUCCGAGGCGUGACUACACAGCAGUGCAGUUGGUUUGUAAGGGAAAAUUCCAGAAUGAAUACAUCCUAAUGAGUGUCGUCCCUUUCAAAAGGGGUUACCGUAGGGGCUGAACUCUCAUUUAAAUAAUGUUGCCACGGCUAAAAAUAUUUUGGAUCUCUUUAAGUAUUGCCUUCGAAACUGAGACAUUAGGAACUCAACAUUAGUCGUAUUCCUUUGUAGAAAUACCACGUCAAAAGUCAUUUUUCUAUCAAAUUGUAUCCUAACCUGAACCUUUGCCGUUUGUUGGACUCUGUAUGUGUGAUUUGUAAAAAGCAGCCUGAAAGUAUGGACAUGAUUUCUGAAGACUAUAUCUUCACUGACUUUCAUAAGCAAAUGCCCAAUAUUUAUUUAUUGAGAGUUUUUUAGUGUGUUCUCGGCCAUUAUUUUUAUAGAUUAUGAUUAUGUGGUAAUUUAUCCUUCCUAAUUCUUUAAUCCUGAGUGAUGGUUGGAAAAGGCCCGGAACUGGGAGAUGAGUUGCGGUGUUCCCAACGCUCAUCGUUAGCAUGCGACGGCAUUUGGCUUGGAAACGUUGCAUUGCAUUUUUUGAACCCUCGGGCUUCAAGAACAGCUAUGACAUUUUCCAAUAUGCAGAAAUGCUCCAAAUGACAACAUUGAAAACCAAAAACUGCGUCGUUCAAACAAAAAAGGUACCAACAAGAGAAACUUAAAGACAGUUUGCUUUAGUAAUGAUUGAUGUAGGUUACUUCACUAAAGCCCUAGUUUCCUCUUCUGCAGAAUGAUGUCACUGUACCAGCGGACCUCUUAAGUUUCAUUCCAGAUCUGAAAUUCUCUCAACGAGCCUCUUGUUGACCCACAUGAGGACUUUGCACUUGGAAUGAUGGGGCUCCCACAGUAGCAGGAGCCUUAUUUUAGGGGGCCUUUUAUAUCCCCCUACUACCUAUCCCCCUCUUGUGGUUAAAAACAUACCUCUUCCAUGGAACCCAUUGGCCAAAAUCCAUCCCCUGCUUCUCUGGUGCUUCUUGCACCAGAGAGAGAGAGAGAGAGAGAGAGAGAGAGAAAACUU